AUGUUUAACCUGGAGAACCCGUUCACGGAGAGGGGGCGCUUCUUCUCUUCCAUGGAGUACCAGCACCAGCUGGAAGAGGAGGGUUACCCGCCUCCUGGCGGCAACGGGAGCCUGAAUGAGAGUGAGGCCGGGUCGAGAGGAGGUACACCUUACCCUCUCCACACCACUGUCACCCUCAUCAGCCUGGCGGGGCUGCUCAUGCUCUUCACCAUCUUCGGCAACGUGCUGGUCAUCAUCGCCGUCUUCACCAGCCGUGGGCUCAAGGCUCCCCAGAACCUCUUCCUGGUCUCCCUGGCCUCAGCUGACAUCCUGGUGGCCACGCUGGUCAUCCCUUUCUCGCUGGCCAACGAGGUGAUGGACUACUGGUACUUUGGCAAGGUCUGGUGCGAGAUCUACCUGGCCUUGGACGUGCUGUUCUGCACCUCCUCCAUCGUGCAUCUGUGCGCCAUCAGCCUGGACCGCUACUGGUCCAUCACCCAGGCCAUCGAGUAUAACCUCAAGCGCACACCGCGCCGCAUCAAGUGCAUCAUCUUCAUCGUCUGGGUCAUCUCGGCUGUCAUCUCAUUCCCGCCCCUCAUCUCCAUCGAGAAGAAGAACGGGCAGCAGGCUGACAAGCGGGCAGGUGGGUGCAAGAUCAACGAUGAGAAGUGGUACAUCAUCUCCUCCUGCAUUGGCUCCUUCUUCGCCCCCUGCCUCAUCAUGAUCCUGGUCUAUAUACGUAUCUAUCAGAUUGCCAAGAGGCGAACCCGGGUGCCCCCCAGGAAGAGAGGAGAACACCCCAAUAAGAGGCAAAAUGGCUUGGCAGACAAGGAGGAGCUGCCAGCAGCAGCCAAGCUCAAUGGGGAGAAGGUGACGGAGGGAGGAGGGGAAGGAGGGCAGGAGAGGGAGCUAAAUGGCAUAGACAUGGAGGAGACUUCCUCCUCAGAGCACAAUGAGAACCACCAGUGCAGGAAGCAGGGGAGGCCCCAGAGAUGCAAGGGCAAGACCAAAUUGAGCCAGAUCAAGCCUGGAGACAGCUUGCCCAGGAGGAUGGAGGAGGAGGAGAGGAAUGCCAAAGCGUCCCGCUGGAGGGGCAGGCAGAACCGGGAGAAGCGCUUUACCUUUGUGCUGGCGGUGGUGAUCGGGGUCUUCGUCGUAUGCUGGUUUCCCUUUUUCUUCACCUACACACUCACCGCUGUCUGCAAGAGCUGCUCCGUGCCUCUCCCCCUCUUCAAGUUCUUCUUCUGGUUUGGUUACUGCAACAGCUGUCUGAACCCUGUCAUCUACACCAUCUUCAACCAGGACUUCAGGAGGGCCUUCAAAAAGAUCCUCUGCAGGAUAGACAGGAAAAGGAUUGUUUGA